AUGACGCUUGAUGACACCGUUGCGUUUCCACAGCAGACACCACACUCUGGUCGUCACUUUGUCCCUUCUCAUCCCGCCUAUCAACGGAAAAUCUUUGGAAGAUUCAAGAGACGGAGGAGAAAACGAUUCAUGGAAGGGUGGUACUACAGAUUGACGAUACCCGAAGAAAAUGUUAGUUUUGCCUUCAUCAUUAGCAUCGAAGAUCCUGGAACUGAUUCCAAGCUUAAGCUAUCUUGCAUUCAAGUGGUAGGACCUGGCGACAGCUAUCUCGUACAAGCUGAUCGGGAUGAUACAAAGUUUUGGGCACAUAAAACCCAACAAGCCUUGGGAUGCAAUUUUCGAUAUUUCUCUGAUGAAGUUUCCAAGGAAAUGAAGCUCAAGACCGCUUUGACAGUAGAGGAAUGGAAGGAAAAUGUUGAAUCAGGUUUCCAAAUACUACCUCAGCAGCUGCUGGGGCGUGUUGACGGUCACGAUGGAAGUCAAGGAGGGGUGUUGCCGGGUCAGGGAGAACCAGGUUUCUGUGAGUUUGAUUUCUCGGUGGAGCCACUGUGUGGAUGGGGAUCGCAGAAAAGUACGGGUGGAUGGCUGGCUUCUUAUGACGUCUUUGAACCUCAUUGGCAAGUCACCUUAGCUGAUGCAAGAGCAACUGGCUCGGUUGUGUGGAACAACAAACGCUAUGAUUUUGUUGACCAACCUUUCUAUGCGGAGAAGAACUGGGGCGCAGCUUUACCUUCCAAGUGGUAUUGGACGCAGUGCAAUUCCUUUGAAGGGUAUGAUCGACUUUCGGUGACAGCGGGGGGAGGGGUUCGAAAAGUUCCAUUUGGUCAGUCGGAAUCCUUGGGGAUGGUUGGUAUUCAUCACAACGGAACAUUUUAUGAAGCUGUACCAUGGGCAAAUGGUUACAUGGAUUGGAAUGUGAGCACCUGGGGAUUCUGGAACCUCACUGGCCGCUCUAUUUCCGGUGAUCAACCCUUUGAUGCAGAAGUUACCUAUGAAUUAGAUCCAAAAGAGAAACCAGGCUUAGUGUUCAGAGCUCCCACUCCUGAUGAGGGCAUGGUCUACUUCUGCAGGGAUACAUUCGAAGCGAAUGUUACUCUUUCAUUGUGGCACCUAGAAUGGAAUGGGGAAGAGUUUGUUCGCCUCCUCCCGCCAAUCAUUGACAAAGCAAGCAGCCACCAAGGGGGAGCCGAGAUCGGUGGAGGACCUUGGUGGUCGGCUUGGAUAAAAAGAUCACAGUUGAAGCCAGCAAUACGUACCUUGUUGCGCCUUCCCUUCAAACUGCAACGGCUUCGGAAAAAGUCGGAUCGAAAGAAAAACAAAAGCAAAACAUGA